AUGGCUGUAGCCUCAAGUGAUGUCUACACCGACAUUGCUGAGGGCCUCUUCCUCCUACAACUGCCUCACGAGAGUCAGUUGUUUGCCUCUGCGAGUAGCUCGUUACCGCUCACGCAGUCAAGUCACGCUUUUGUCCCUCCCGCCCUUCCCUCUACACAUUGCCUCCCUACCACGGAGCGCGAACGGGGCCUAUCUGACGCUACAAUCUACGACUACAGCGACAGGUGA